UAUAUAAGGACAUCAUGAAUAAGUCUUAUUCCGUCACAGACUGGGCAUUACAUGAUGGAAAUACGGAGGCAAAUGCUGGGGCGGAUCCUGCAGGAAUGUUUUACUUACAGGAUGAAGACAACGAUUCAAAUAUCGAGACAGAACAAAAGGCAGCUUACGAGAAUCGCUCAUCGGCAGAGGACGAAGAACCAAAAAUAAAACAAGGGGAGGAGAGCGAAAGCAGAUUAUUUGCUAAAGUUGAUGAUCAAAUAGAAGAAGAUGAAGAAAAGAAGGAAAAUAUAGAACUACCAGCUGUAAUACACGCUAAAUCGCCAUCACCCUUACCGGAGGAUAUUGGUAAUCCUGUGGAAUGUGUGAAAAGGACUCUAAAGAUCAUAGACUCGCUCUCAUAAACACACUCAAAGGAUCUAAUCUUGCUCUCAUGAUGAACACACUCUAGGGAUCAUAGACUCACUCAUUGUUUUUGUGGUGUGAAGCUAGCCAUGAAUUCAUGCAUGUCUCAAAAUGUUAAAAUUUCAAAAUUUAAAUCAUGUUAACUUCUUCAACCAUGAAAUCAAAUGAUUUUUCAGUAAAAAUUUUCCCCUCUUAAUCAAGGUCAUUGUGGAUCUUAAAAUGGGAAAAUUUAAAACCUCUUAUUUCAAGAAAAAGAGAGAAACUAAUAUACUUCAAUUACAAUCUAAUGAUA